AUGGUAGAAGCAAGCCUGCUACUCGUAUUUGAAAAGAUGGGAGAAUUUUUGAGAAUAUCCGACGUGGAUUUUGAGGAAGGAAGUGUCAUCGCCAAUAUCCAAACUGAGUUUUCAUCUGAAAGUACCCAUGUCAGCACUAGUAGUCUCGCAAGGGCAGUUGUUGAUGCUAGUGACGAAAAUGGCAAUUUGGGUGAACUUCGCUCGGAUACUUCAUUUCUCCAGAAACAAAUUACCCCAACUGCUCGUCCUACGACUGAAAGUCCUAACAAUGACGAUGAUGAAAGAGGAGAUAGCAAUGCAUUCAUUGGUGCCGUAGUUGCCAUUGGAUCAGCAGCAUUGGUUUGUGUCAUUCUGGCUGUGUGCCUCGUAAGUAUUAAUAUACAAAAUUAAUAAGAGCAAGACGCCGGCUCAGUUGUACACCCAUAUUGCAAGGGUUAGAGAAGCAAGUCGUCUGCUCAGGUGUAGUAUACUAUACCAUGCAAUAUAUAAUAAUGGACAUGAACAUGCAGUUGGUAUAGAGUAAACAUUUCUCAGUUGAGACAUCGAUAUUCUACUAGGUCCAAUAAAAUAAUAUUAUGUAGCCGUUUAACGGUCAAUGUAAUCUACAGGCCGCUCACUGCAUGCAGACCAGAUAUAAACAAUCCACCAAAGUCUUCGGAAACUCGGCCAAAGUCUAUGCUCUGUGCCUUUAUCUUUCUGUUAUAAUGCCUAAUUCGCAGCAAUAUGUAUUAUAUUCCUUCUGCCACUCACACUAUCCCUUUGCAACGCUAUGAACCCAACAUUUUAAUAAUUUGAAACUGGCAAGAACCGUAGUAAAUCGUCAAAAACUACUUGAGAAACUCAGUAUCAUUGAAUAAAAAUAUUGCAUCUAUACAUGAACGUACUUGCUACAUUCUACCUUUUGAAGUCAAAUAUGAGCAAAAGUUGCAAACAGCGAAACAUAUUUACGUGUAUCAUUUCCUUUCAAACCUUAACAUGUACACAAUCUUCUUCAUUUAAGGUAUGUUGUUUCAAGGACAAGACGGCUGGGAAAAGACAACCGUUGUUGUUUUUGAAUUAA